AUGAUGCUUGAAAAAAAGAAAAAAAGUAGAAUAAAGAUCAACGAGGCAAGGGCAACGUUUACAGGACGCAGCCCGACACACCCAAGCUACCACAGCAGGAAAACAGUCUGUGUCCCAGGAGAGUAUGAAGCAAUAUCAUUGGUACAAUUUGUAGGAAGAAAAGAUUUGUAUGUAGUAAACAGCAGUGUUAUAUUAUCACCAUUAUCUGCUCUAGCAGUUGACCAAGAAUCGUUUACAUGGACAUGUACAUAUAAUGGUAGUGAGACAGUGUUGGGUUUUCUGUGGAGUCUAAAUGGAAAUACACUUGCCGUUAUCCUGUCACCAGCAUGUACACCAUUUGGGAAUCCCGGACCACCUGAUUCCUCACUAUAUGAAUAUGCAUGUCUAUCUGCAAAUCAGGCAACAUUUACAGUCAAGCAGAUUUCUGACAUGAAUAAUGGUAACGAUUGGCGAUGUGCUGUUGCUGCUCCAGGAUAUAUAUACAGUGAUAAUGUUACUGUAUUGGUUCAAGUUUCUGUAAACAAUGUAAGUUUAACACCACCUACUGGUUCUAUAAGAGAAAAUGUUGAGACAAUAUUCACCUGUCAGACAUCUUCUUCACGACCUGCAGCAAAUAUAACAUGGUAUAGAGAGUCCACAACUGGUCAAAAUCAGGUGAUAACAAGUAAAGUAUCUUCUACAACAGAAAGUGCUGUUAAUCUAGAAAAGUCAACAAGUGUGCUAAAGUAUACGCCAUCAAGAAGCGACAACAGAUAUAAGAUAUACUGUCAAGCUUUAAACAUUCCAGGAAGAACCCCGAUGAUGUCAACAAAAUUCCAAAUGGAUGUUCAAUAUAGCCCAGAAAGUGCACCUUAUAUACAAUACUUCUCUAAUGGAAGAACUUACAAAGUCAUUGAAAAUAGCCGAGGUGAACUGUCGUGUAUUAUUAAGGGAGGAAAUCCAUUAGCAACAUUGGCAUGGAAUUGUUUUAACAAUGGAUUGUCUACAGACACAAGUGGAACAACAGUUACUAAGACAGUCACCUGGUUUGCUACACGUGGUCCUGAUAGAUCCUGUACUUGUCAAUCUUCACAUCCAAUAACUGGGACACAGUCUGUCUCUGUCAUUGUGCAGGUUUUGUAUACGCCAGACAGUCCAAGAAUCAAAGUCAAAGGUACUGCAGUUUCUGGGCCUAUUAACUUUAUUGAUGGAAAGUCAAGCUCUGUUUUAUGUAAAAGUAAUGGUAAACCUAACCCAGACAGCUACAGUUGGAAUAAGGCAGGUAGUUCUAGUAGAGCUGGAGAUACACUCACAUUUAAUCCUGUCCAGAAACAAGAUGACGGUCAGUACAUAUGUUCAGCACAAAACACAAUGGUACCAUCAAGCGGAGAUACUCAAACAGGAAGUAAUAGUUCUACUGUAAAAAUAAAUGUACUAUAUGCUCCAGAGAUAACAACAUUGGAUAAUCAAGACAUUGUUGCAGGUUCAAGUGUUAAUGUUCAAUGUCCUAUUAUAAAAGGAAAUCCUAACCCUACAACGUUUAAGUGGACAAGGAAUGGUGAUAACAGAACAUGGAGUACACAAACAUUGUACAUACAGAAUGUUUCUAAGAAUGAUGACAUGAUGUAUACUUGUACCGUGCAAAACAUAAUGAGACCAACUGGAAGUGCACAUGAAACAGGCACAGACAGUGGCUCAUUUCACCUCAGUGUGCUUUAUAUGGCAUCAGUUACAUCAUUUAUUGUCAAGGGAAAUCAAAGUUCUCAACUUUCUGUCACAGUGGAUGAGAAAGCAGAUGUACAAUUCAUCUGCACGGUAGACAGUAACCCUGGCUCCAGUAUUAAAAUUCAACUUCCAGACAAAACAUUUUAUAGAAAGGAAAGUACCAAAACUUUGAUUUACAAUCACACUAAGGCGACAUGUCUUGAUACUGGUGUAUAUACAUGCUCUGCUAGUAAUGCGUAUAAUUUAGGAAAAGUAUCUGAAAAAAAACUAACUCUGUUUGUAAGAUGUUAUCCACGGCCUUUGACCCCAGUAAAAGGAAAUGUGAAUAGUGCCUUAAGAAUUCAGUCUUCAUUUAGCUUUAAGGGACUUGCAUACCCAAUUCCAAUAUUUACAUGGUACAGAAAACAAGGAACAGUAUGGAAGGAACUGUCAAACAAUACUCAUACAUCCAUAUCAAUAACAGGAGUAGAUACAAAUCUUACUAUCAACAAUGUGUCAACGUCUGAUUAUGGAGAAUAUCAGCUGAAGAUUGAAAAUGAAAUUGAUAUCUUCAUACAACAUUAUACUCUUAUUCCAGAAGAUAUACCAGAGAAUCCACAGGGAUUUCAGCAUUUAUACGAAAACUUGACAGAGUCAUCUAUAACAGUGCAUUGGAUACCAGGUUUUGAUGGUGGUCCACGUCAGACAUUUGUUCUAAGAUACAAGACAAAUUCAGAUAUGUUUUGGACAGAUAUCAAUAUUUCUGAUAAUGGAGAGAAAAAUAUGAGCUAUACUGUUACAUCACUUACCAGUGGAACACUGUAUAAUUUUGUUUUAUAUGCAAGAAACAAAAUUGGAAAUUCAAGCCAAACUGCUGUGUUGGGAAUUAGAACAGAAAGAUCAUCAGAUUGUGAUACUGAUAGUUGCCAUAAUGAAAAGACAACAACAAUAAUCGUUGGAUGUGUCCUCGGAAUAGUCAUAAUCUUAUUGGCAUGUUAUGCUGGAUACAUCACUUUACUCUUGAAGCGAACAAAGGGUGAACAACAUAAAAUUGAAAUGCACGUGACCUCCUCGGCAGGGAAAGGCGUCCCAGCGUAUGCUAAUUUAUCAUACUCAGCAACGGAAAAUAAUGAACACGAAUGUACAGAAAUGUCAAACGCUGUGAUUUCGAGUUCAAACAUUGAUACGAACGAGUAUAUGUCACUGGAUGACAAGUUGAGGGAAAACAAGGAGACAUAUGAUGUUAUUAAUGCAAAACGUUAGGAAUUGUUUAAACAGAAUUGGAUAACAAGAAAUAAACUGAUACGACCUGUAAUGUCUGAAGAUGUUAUCGAAUAAUAUACAUGUGACUCAGCGUUAAAAUCACGUUGUAAUUUUUAUUAUUAUUUUUUGGUUGCCUUAUAUAAAGUUAUUUAAAAGGUCCACUUAUUUCAGAUAAUAAACAAUCUGAUCAGUUGAUUUCAAGAUUUAAUAAAAAUAUACUCUAUACUCUAUAACGGUCAUAUUUACAUACCGUAUUGUUCAUUUUAAUUGAAUAUUGUUCGAAUUUGUUUGUAGAAAUUGAAACUUUUUUUUAAAAAUAAUUUUAAUAAGUAGAAUACAUGAUAGACGACAAAACAAAUCGUCUGGUCGUUUAACGAAUAAUUGGUAUAUUGUUUUAAUAUAUUAGUAGGUCAUAUCACUGAGUUUUUGUGAUACAGUUUUUUUCCAGAAAUUUGACCUAAAGGGUUUAUAAUACCUCUUCAUAAAAAGGGCGAUAAUGGUAAUGUUAACAAUUUUCGUUGCAUCGCAUUACUAAGUAACUGUGGGUAUCUUGACAAAUAAGGUGGAUCAAUACUUUGAAGAGAAUAACGCACACUUUGUUUUACAGAAGAUGCAAUUUUGUGUUACAUUAUUUUAUAUAAAAAUCUGGAAACAAAGCGAUCCCUCGGAAAGAUUAAUCACAACAAAAUUACAUGGAAAUUGCAAACUCGGUUUGAUUGAGUCUGUACAAGAAGGAUAAUGAAAAAGUGCAACAUAAACCAGGUUUUACCACAUAAAUAUGCGAUUACCGUGUGCUUUUAUCGACUUGAAAAAGGCAUUUGACUCUGUCAACCACUGUACAUUAUGGUAUAAAUUGUUUAAUAUGGGAUUAGGUAGAAAAUACAAAAAAGUUUAAAUCAGUGUAUUUAAGUGGUAAAGCGUGUUUAACAUUCCAAUACAUAUUAGAAUUUUUCAACUUAUCGGUGUGUCUACAAAAAUAUAUCGUAAACCGUUCUAAUAGGGUCGUUUUGGUUGGCUGACUAUCGCCGACAUCACGAGUCCGCAAAAUGACGAAUUAUCGUAUCUUUUCACAGGAUCUUAAUGUUACAUAAUAUAUAUUGACCUCCUCAUAAAUCUAUAAAAGAGUCACUCCGGAAUUAAGAAUAUCUUGGGUUUUCCAAGUUAGUCCGGGGAUACCAACAUGUACAGUGACGGCUAGAAAAUAACACAUAUUGACUUAUCUAUUGUUCUAUUGUAACCGGAAGUGCUUUGUGAAGCUAUAACGGCGAAAUUUGUUUUGUACCGGAAAACUCAAAUUUGCUGAGUACUGGAUACAACUAUUGUAUAAUGUGCUAUGUGUAUGUAUGUACUUAUAAGAUGCCAAAACUUUACCUAAUAAAUU